GAGGGUCUGUUUUGUGAGAAGUGAGUGAGAGCUUACGAGCUGUAAUGGCGAUCAUGUGUAUGGCCCCCGGGAAACUCAACUUUUUAGGGGUUUUUCCAUCUUCAUCGUCAAGGAUGAGGAGUUUCUUAUUGAAGCCAGCCCAUUGCGCCCCACUCCAGCCAGUCCAACCACAGAUUGAUGCAGGAAUCAUCUGUGAACUUUGUAAUGGUAAAGGAUGGUUGCUUUGUGAUUUUUGCAAGGGGCAAAAAAUCAAUGUGAAAUCUGAAAAAAACCGGAUCUACCGUCGAUGUCCAUCUUGCAGAGCUAUUGGAUACACCUUGUGCUCAAAGUGCAAAGUUUUCAAAUGUGUUACCUUUCCAAAUUAUAGUGAUGAUGCAGACCUAUCCUCUUGAGCUUCUAAACUCCUCUGGUUUGCUAGGAUGAUCCUAUGGUUCAGAGGUUCUACACUGUUGGUGUUGGGUUUAAUUGUUUGAACAACUUACUUUCUGUUUCUCCUCUCUGCGAUCUUCCCACUCAAGAAGGUUAUCCUUUGCUUUCAUUCGUGUCACUAAUUGGCAAAGCAAAUGAAAAGGAAUUGUUGAGUUUAAGCCUUCGUUUCUUUUUAUUGAUGUGCUUCGAGUUAACUGUCACUGAAAAGUUGUGGUUGUCAUUCUUGAUACAGAUUGUAGCAUUAAUUUUAAUUGUGGAAAUAUCUUUUAACAGCAUGGGCUGAGUCCAGGAGGGCCACGCCCUCUACCUCCCCCUUCUUCUGAGGUAAAGUAGCUCCUUUGAGA